AUGUGGUGGCUUACCCAAACAGGGCUUAGCAUCUGGCUGCUGGCCAGAGGCACACGUAUAUACUGUAUACACACACACACACACAUACACACAGCCGAAGCUGAUGGUGGGCGAGGAUUCACUACCAGUGGCUCAAGGCGGUCUCUACCUCCAACCGUGCGCGGCGCCGCAUCGUGGGGAUCUCAUGAUCGCGUCCGCGACCGCAUCCACGUCAACGCUUGGGCUUCUGGGAAUUCUGUCUCUCGGAGCAGGGGAGGCCCGGAGUAUGUUCGAGAUCUGACCCCUGGCGACACUGAACGUUUCUGCCGCCUUGUGUGA